AGGGUGGUGCGCACAGCAGUAAAAUCAGGGUCUCAACUAUCCAAAAAAAAAAAGUAAACAGAAAAUAGAGAUUGCGUCAUUUGCAUUUCUCUCCUCUUUCUCAGUUUCGAUUCUCUCUCUCUCUCUCUCUCUCUCUCUCUCAAGCCAAUGCCCGCGAUCACUACACUCUCUGUAGCAAAAAUAGUAUCGAUCCAUCCAUACAUACACACAUGAACCAAUUGGGUUAAUUAAUUGAUCCAAUACUUGUUUCAAUUCUUAACCUAAAAAUCUCUUUUUUCAUGGAAAUGGCUUCAAUCUCUUCGAGUCCUCGCACGGUCGAAGAGAUCUUCAAAGAUUACAGCGGUCGUAGAGCUGGCAUAGUUCGCGCUUUGACUUACGAUGUCGAGGACUUUUACGGACUCUGUGAUCCAGAGAAGGAGAACUUGUGUCUAUAUGGACAUCCAGAUGAAAGUUGGGAAGUCACUCUUCCAGCAGAGGAAGUUCCACCGGAGCUUCCAGAGCCUGCGCUUGGCAUCAAUUUUGCUAGAGACGGGAUGAACCGUAAAGAUUGGCUUUCACUGGUUGCAGUGCACAGCGACUGUUGGUUGCUCUCUGUGGCAUUCUAUCUUGGAGCUCGGCUCAACCGUAACGAAAGGAAACGCUUAUUUAGCUUGAUCAAUGAACUGCCCACUGUUUUUGAAGUCGUGACAGAAAGGAAGCCUGUGAAAGACAAGCCCAGCACAGAUAGUGGAAGCAAAUCCCGGGGCAGCACAAAGAGAUCGAGUGAUGGACUGGUGAAAAGCAACCCAAAGCUUGCAGAUGAGAAUUACGAAGAGGAUGAAAACGAACACAGCGAAACCCUCUGUGGGAGCUGCGGUGGGAACUAUAACGCGGAUGAGUUUUGGAUCGGCUGCGACAUCUGUGAGAAGUGGUUCCAUGGGAAAUGCGUGAAGAUCACUCCAGCUAAAGCCGAAAGUAUCAAACAAUACAAAUGCCCAUCUUGCAGCAUGAAGCGUGGAAGGCAGUAGUUGUUUCCAAAACCAAAUCCAGAUGUUGAAACAAUGAAUUGGUGGCUGAAAAAGCAUCAUAGAAGAUAUUACCCUCUUUAUGUUUGUAAUGGAGUUGUGAUUGUUCUUAUUUAUAGGAAACAUUCUCAAAUUGUAUUUUCUUAAUUAUUACAGAUGCUUUUAAUGUGAUUUAGUCAGCUGAGGAGAGUUUCUUUUUUUAAAAUUAAAUCACAUAUUGCAUUUUCUUAGCUA